AUGGACGCUCUUGAAGUAUCCAAGGUCGAUCUAUUGAAAAGAGAUGCAGAAGAUGCAUACUUGAACUCCCUUUGGAACAAUCGUUUUAGAUACUUGAGUUCCGCUCGUGGGUCACGUCUCGUUGAUGAUAAAAGGAAAACUGUGUUAGAGCGGUUUGAAGGCUACCAACUGAUCCAAAAUGAUUUGGCAACCCGACCUUCAAGCGAUUCUCUGGUUAAAGGUGGGAGGAAAGAACCUAUUGAAGCUUCUAUAAUACCUGCUGUCUAUGGUGAAGAUGCAGCGAUGCAUUCAGUGUUAGAGAGACAAAGACAACAGAGAAACAAAAUUCCAAAAUGGCACGCCCCUUGGGCUCUGAAGCGCAUUGUCAACGGUCAUAAGGGCUGGGUCAGAUGCAUUGUCGUGAAUCGAGUUGAAAACGAUUGGUUUGCUACUGGUAGUAAUGACACCCAGAUUAAAGUGUGGGACAUGGCGAGUGGGAGGCUAAAGUUGACUCUAGCGGGUCAUACCAUGACUGUUCGCGGUCUCGCGAUUUCUGAAAGUCAUCCCUACAUGUUUUCCGCGAGUGAAGACAAACUGGUCAAAUGCUGGGAUUUGGAGAAAAACACCUCUAUAAGAGAUUUCCAUGGUCAUUUUUCAGGUGUGAACACUGUCGAUGUUCAUCCUACGCUGGACGUGAUCGCGUCUGCUGGAAGAGACGCGGUCGUUAAACUGUGGGAUAUAAGAACGCGUGCCCCAAUAUUAACGCUGGCGGGUCAUAAAGGGCCUAUCAACAAAGUCAAGUGUUUCCCGGUAGAUCCACAGGUGGUUAGUUCGUCCACUGACGGCUCGGUGAGGAUGUGGGAUCUUAGAGCCGGGAAAGCGUCGAAAAUUUUAACUCACCACAGCAAGAGCGUUCGAGAUAUAGCAGCGCAUCCCCGGGAAUAUUCUAUGGCGACGGCUUCGACUAGUGACGUUCGUUCUUGGCGAAUCAGAGAUGGGCAGCUUCUGACCAAUUUUGACUCAGGGCCUGUGGGAAUAAUAACGUGCCUUGGAAUCAACGAUGACAAUAUACUGUUUGCAGGCAGCGAAAGCGGAAAAUUAACGUUUUUCGACUAUGAGACGGGACACAGGUACCAGGAAUUGGAGACAGAGCUUGCUGAGGGCUCAUUGGAAAGUGAAAGAAGUAUUUUAUGUGGCGCUUUUGAUCUAACUGGUCUCAGAUUAAUUACUGGAGAGAGCGACAAAAGCAUCAAAAUUUGGAAACAAGUUGAAGACGCUACUCCAGAGACACACCCGAAUUUACUGUGGGAUCCGAAUCUACCAAUGCAAAGGUUUUGA